AUGCACAAUAAUAUUCUAAAGCUCUAUCUAUCUUCACACGCCACCCGAACUCGCAGGCGUUUCAGUGAAAAGCAACGUUCAGCGCUCAAAUCGUAUCAAAGGAGAGCUGAGAGAGAUAAGAAUGUGCUCUACAACCUCAUCUGCGCCAACCUGUCGCGACGCGAAGUUGUGCCGCUCAAUGAACACGAGCUGGAUCGUACGGCAG